AUGAAUAUUCGUCCCAAUCAUUUCUCUCCAAUACUCAAAUUUGCAUCUAAAUCAAUUCUCGGAAGGAAAAGUCGUUUCGCUUGUACGAGUACGAGUAUAACCUUGCCGACGCCGUCGAUAACCUUACGAACUAGGACUACUCGUACGAGUAAAGGCUCUUUGAGGGGUAUUGGAAGUGGUAGUGGUAGUGGUAGUGGGUGUAAGAGAGCUUUUGGUAUGACGACACGGGUUGCGGAGAUAAGUGGAGGGGGAGGGGGAGGAACGGGGGGAGGAAUAAGGGAAAAUGAAGGGGUGGAGGUGGGAGUUAGGAGAUUUGCCCCAUUAGGGGAUGUGGAGGAUGGGGAGGGAAAGGGAGUGAGGAGAUUGAGGGGAAUCAUUUUUGAUAUGGAUGGGACUUUGUGUGAACCGCAGACCUACAUGUAUGUCCAGUUUGGUCAAAUGCGCAAUGCUCUCGGAAUAGAUAAAACUAUCGAUAUCCUCGACCACAUCUAUUCCCUCCCUUCAUCCGAUCAAGACGCCGCUCAUGAGAGAAUCCGCGCCAUAGAGCGCGAAGCAAUGCUUACCCAAGUCCCUCAACCCGGCCUCCAAACCCUAUUCACCUAUCUCCGCACCCACACCCUCACCCUCCCCUUGGCAAUCCUCACCCGCAACCACCCGCCUCCCGUCCAACACCUCCUCGCGACCCAUCUCCCCCACACGCCCUUCUUCCCCAUCAUAACCCGUGAAUUCCGUCCUCCCAAACCCCAUCCCGCGGGAAUUCUCCACAUAGCUGAGGAGUGGAAUGUCGAUCCUCGAGAUACGAUCAUGGUGGGCGAUUCGAUCGAUGAUAUGAAAGCGGGGUUUGCGGCCGGCGCCGCAACGGUGUUGUUGGGGAAUAGUGUUAAUAGGGAGUUGUGGGAACAUGAGUGUACGGAUUUGGUGGUGGAGAGGUUGGAUGAGUUGGUUGAUAUAUUGAAGGGGGGGUUUGUGGGAAGGGUGGAGAGAUAG